CGGCCGCGCCAGUGUCCGCUAGACUGCCGAGCGCGCCGGGCCUCCCGCUUCCCCGCGCCUCGCUCGGCCACGCGUCCCGUGAUCGAACAAUUCAAGUCAACCGUCGCGAGUGCAGUAUGACACUAGUGAGCUAGCGGGCCGCUGUGACGGUGUCUGUUGUGUAUGUGUGCACGUGCUUGUGUGUUGUGUCGAGGCCCGUGACGAAAAACUUUCGUUGUGGCCAGCGGAGCCUUGCACCCGGGCUCGGGCCGAGCUUUCAUGGCUCAGCCUAGGUACGACGAGGGCCUCCACGGGGGUGGUUACAUGGAGGGGGGCGCGAUGUACCACGAGCACAGACUGACGCACCCCCACCUACCCGCGGUCCACUACCCCCCGCCGGCGGCGCCCGCGCACGCGCUGCCUGGCGAGCCGCUCGUCCAUAAGAGAGACAAGGACGCAAUAUACGGGCACCCCCUAUUUCCCCUGCUGGCGCUGAUCUUCGAGAAGUGCGAGCUGGCGACGUGCACCCCGCGCGACCCCGGCGUGGCCGGCGGCGACGUCUGCUCCUCAGAGUCUUUUAAUGAGGACAUCGCUGUCUUCAGCAAACAGAUACGCCAAGAGAAACCUUAUUAUAUAGCGGACCCUGAAGUAGACUCAUUAAUGGUGCAAGCGAUACAAGUUUUACGGUUUCACCUAUUAGAAUUAGAAAAAGUCCACGAGUUGUGCGACAACUUCUGCCACCGCUACAUCAGCUGUCUGAAGGGCAAGAUGCCGAUCGACCUCGUGAUAGACGAGCGGGAGUCCGCGCGGCCGCCCGACGCCAACGGCGAGCGCUCCGCCCCCGACAGCAGCCACGACGGAGCCUCCACCCCCGACGUCAGACCGCCCUCGUCGUCGCUGUCUUACGGCGGCGCCGUGAACGACGACGUACGGUCCCCCGGCUCCGGCGGCACCCCCGGCCCCCUCAGUCAGCCCCCGCCGCAGACCCUCGACGCGACAGAUCCAGAUGCAAUGGGCAAAUGGUGUCCGUCGCGGCGCGAGUGGUCUUCCCCGCCCGACGUGGCGCGGCGGGUCUACUCCUCCGUGUUCCUAGGCAGCCCGGGAGAAUACCCUGGGGACGCCAGUAACGCGAGUAUCGGCUCCGGUGAGGGCACGGGCGAGGAGGACGAUGAGUCCAACGGCAAGAAAAACCAAAAGAAACGCGGCAUCUUCCCCAAAGUUGCCACCAAUAUCCUGCGGGCGUGGCUCUUUCAGCACUUAACGCAUCCGUACCCCUCAGAAGACCAAAAGAAGCAGCUAGCACAGGACACAGGGUUAACGAUACUACAAGUAAAUAAUUGGUUCAUCAAUGCGAGACGUAGGAUAGUGCAGCCAAUGAUAGACCAAUCAAAUAGAGCAGUGUUCCCGCACGCCGGCCCUAGCGGCGCCUACAGCCCCGAGGCGACCAUGGGCUACAUGAUGGACGGCCAGCAGAUGAUGCACAGGCCUCCCACGGACCCGGCCUUCCAUCACGGCUACGCGCAGUACCCAGCCGAGUAUUACGGCCACCAUCUCUAAUACAAGGAACUUUGUACAUACAUGAAUAAAACUCGCACAGUACGGCCAUCGCUCGAGGCCGACCGCGAGGCCGCGGCCGAGGCCUCCGCACGCGCGUCCGAGCGCGGCCUCAUGUGAUACGGGACGCGGGACGUGACGCCCACGCGACGGUCACGUGAUGCGUGCGACACUAAAGGAGAACGGAUGCUACGUGUACAUAAAGCGAAAACAUUUUUGUAAUAUUUGAAACAGUAUACGAUCUCCUAAAUUAAGAUUUAAAGUCAACUUUAAUGUUUAAAUAAAUGUAAAAUAACGCGAAGUGACAACGUGGACGCUAUAAACGGUGCAAUCACCUAAUAUAAAUAAAUACAACGGUUUUAUCACUCGGAGCAUAGAGGAUCGAUAAAUGUAACAAUAAAAUGGUUUGAUAGUUAUCGUAUAAAUAUUUAUAGCUAAUUGUGUAUUGUUAUUACGUAAAUAUAAAUAAUUGAUUAGUUGUAAGUUGUAAUGUAACUAUCACUGGAAGUACUGGGUCGAGGAGGACGAAUGAUAAUAGAAAUGGUACUUUUGUAAAGGCGUUAUGUAUGUAAUAAAUAGAUUAUUUAUGAUUUCAACACACACGCUGUGUAUGGACUGGUAUAUAUGAGUUUGAAACUACAUGGCUCGUUCAGAUAUUUCAAGUCACUCGACCGAUAACUUGCGAGCCUGCUCGUAUAUGCCAGUCGCUACACAGGUUACACCCUCCCGCAGGUUACUGUGUAACUUGUAUUGUCGUGCCGGCGUUGCGUCUGUUACCAUCCCAUUAUUUAUUCAUCACGCUCAGUCGUACUUCUAGUAACGUCAAUUUCUCCAAGUAAAUUUUAAUUGCGAACGAAACUUUUCGUAAUUUUGCGUUACAGGUUGAAUACAUAUCUUUGAUAUAUAUACCUAUCUAUAUACUAUUGUGAUGAUAUUGUGGUUCGGGUAUGAUUGUUUCACCUUGCCUUGGUGUUCAUUAAUGUAGCACAAUUUGUAACCGAUGUAUACGAUGACAAAAAUAUAUUUUACGAUGUUGAACAAAGAGAUUUUACGUCUAUUUUGUCUUGUAGCGGAUACCUGACAAUUAUGCCUUCACCAGACCAAGGGGUCAUCAAGUAAAAAACGCAAGGGAACGAUCGAAAAAUACCUUGAAAUAUAAAAUUGCGCGUUCCUAAUUAUGACCCUAUAAAAAUGGUAUUUAUGAAAUUAAGGAUACAGUCUACCAGCUUGAUAAACCACCUGAAAACAUUGUCGAAACGAAACAAUCGAUAUAUGUACCUAUUCAUAAUAAAGUAAAAUGUAUGGUUGACGUGAUAUGACAAAGUUUCAUAAAGACAUACUCGUACAUCAAAAUGAUGGACUGUAUCCUUCUGUGUGACCUCGACUGAUACGAGAGCUUCUCAUAGGUUACUAUUAUGUUCCGUACUUUAACACGAACUAUUAAUUUUAAACUUUUUCUUGUGAUUUCAAAGAUUUUAGUCACGUCGGAGAAA